AUGGCUCCGACUGUUGCUUUUGUGACCGGCGCUAAUCGCGGGUUGGGCCUUGGGCUCGUGAAGGGCUUUGUCGCAAAGCCGGACUACAUUGUUGUCGCUGCGGUCCGUGAUCCCGGGCAUGCAACCGCCCAGGAACUCGCCAAGCUAUCCACAGGCAAAGGCAGCCGUGUGAUCGUGGUCAAGUAUGAUGCCAGCUUCGAGCAGUCUGCCUUCGACGCCGUCGAGCAGGCUACCGACCAUGGUGUGGAUCAUCUCGACUACGUCGUUGCCAAUGCUGGCAUCGCCAAGGGGUAUCCCUUUGUCAAGGAUGUCAAGCGGGCUGAUAUCCUCGAGCACAUCGAGGUGAACGUAUUGAGCGUUGUGUCGCUCUACCAGGCCACGCGUGAUCUGCUUCGGAAGUCGACAAUGAAGCCCGUUUUUGCUAUCAUGGGAUCUGGAGGCGGAGCGCUGGGACGCCAGCCACCCGUUCCUAGUGCCUCAUAUGGCGCCUCCAAAUCAAUUCUCCCCUGGUAUGGAGUUCGGAUCAACGCUGAAGAUGAGUGGCUCAACACUUUUGUCCUGGAUCCUGGCUGGGUUCAGACCGACAUGGGGAACUCUGCCGCGAAGGGCUGGGGGAUUGAAUCGGCACCGGAUACCAUUGAGAAGUCCACCGGUGGUAUGGUGCGCGUGAUCACAGAGGGAACCAAGGAGAAGUACGGUGGCAAGGUCGUACUAUACACUGGCGAGGUUCAGGAAUGGUAA